GAUGCAGUAGUUACUGAUCUUAAAACAAAACAUAAAAAAAGAUUUUUUUUUCCUUCUAAAAAGAUAAAAUAAACAUCUUAUAAAGAGAUCACCAUUGGAGAUCUCUCCGAUUCCUCAGCCCAAAGCUUACCAACUAGCCCCACAAGUAUUGUUGCGUUUUCUCUCUCUAAAAGACUUCUCUCUCUAUUUCUUGAGGUUACUAGCUAUUUGUUACCAAGAAAUGGGUAGUAGUUUCUUUGGGAGACCAAAAAUGGGUGGAUCUUCAUCUUCAUCACCAACAUCUUCUUCUCCAGCAAAGAGAGGGAAGAACAAGAAUGGUUCUGACAAGCCAAAACAGCCGCAGAGAGGUCUCGGCGUGGCACAGUUAGAGAAGAUAAGAUUACACAGCGAACUUAACUGCAACAGCUUCAAUGCUUACCCUUCUUAUCAUCCCUCAACUUUCAGUCAGGAGGAUGUGAGAAUUCAAGGAGAAUAUCCAUCUAUACCAUAUUCAUCAUCGUCGGCUCAUUAUGGCAUUCAUCCAAACAUGAUGAUGAAUGCAAGUAAUGAUCAAUACGAGAGAACAACCAUAAGAUACAUAGAUGCUCAGCCUCACAUAGCACCAAGUUGGAACCCGAACUACGGUAUCUUGGAGAGCCAACAUUUUGUGGAACCAAACAUAACCAGACCCUUCUUACAUGAGGAUCAGAGACAUAACUCGUUGGGGUCGGGCAAUGAGAACUUCCAAACAAGUGACGCAACUGAGCCAGAUUUGGAAUUGAGAUUGUCACUUUGAGUAAUGAAUAAAUUUAUAUUAUUUUUAAGAGGCCAUGGAUUUGUUAAACUCAAAGAACAUUAGAAAGAAAAAAGUAUAAUUUAGGUCAUCAUUUGAUUUGUGGGUAUCAUUUUUUGAUACCAUCAAGAUGUUUAUCUUUUCGACAAAGUAUGCUUGUAAAUCUACAUGAUUUUCAUAUAUAUCAAAGUAGGCAUAAAGUCA